AUGUGUUUUACUUCAAUUAAGAAUAUCGAUCCAAAACCAUCAAAGGAAGUUCAAGAUUUACAGGAUGAGUUGAAUUUGUCAACUAUUGAGUGGAUGCAGGCUUUCAAAGAUCUUAAUGAAAAAGUCGCCAAUGCCGAAGAAAAUAACAAGAAGCUUGAAGAAAAUAACAAGAAGCUUGAAGAAAAUAACAAGACGCUUGAAGAAAAUAACAAGAAGCUAGAAGAAACGCAUUCAACUGACAUUAAAUUCAUUGUAUCGUUAUUAGUCAAUGAAAUGAUCGAAAACCUUGAUGACGAAAAAAAUAAUGCAAAGCAAAAAUAUAAAUCGGAUAGUUUCCAUCAACAUGGAGCAAAGAAAGCUCGAUUUGAAUGA